AUGGAAAUUCGUCAGCGCAGUCAGAAACGAAUUAAUGCAGCAUCACAUCAGAUUUUGUUUAGAGCAUGCGCAGAUGGCGUUACGAGACUUGAUCCAGUUUCUGAAGACAAUUUUUCAUUUGAUGUUUGCUGCCAGCAGUGUAACACCUUGUAUCCAAAUCAAAAACUAAGUAAAGAAACGAAAGAAAACAAAGAAAUUAACGAAUUUGUGAACUUUUACCUUAAAUGCGAAAAAUGUCAACAUAAUCUUCGGAUAGAAGUCCUUCGUAAUUACCUUCAUUCAACUGCAGGAAUCUCAAAUAAUUGGGAACCACUUUAUAACGUUGACUGUCGUGAAUGUUUUAUAGAUAUUGUUCACUGUGAUGCAUGGACUAUAACAUCAACAAGUGGAAAGAAAUACGAAUGGGAUGGGCAAAAAGAUUUCUUUGAUUACGAUGAUGAAGCAGCUCAUCCUGUCGGAAUAACGGAUAUUGAUUUUUAUGUUCGACCCCUCGAUUAA